AUGACGGACGAACAAGUGAAAGACGUUGGAAAAGCGUUUAUUCAACAUUAUUAUCAAACAUUUGAUACUGGUUCACGAGAAAGUGUUGCAGCACUAUAUGAGCCAUCGGUUGGUCGAAUGGAUUUUAAUGGUGCAAAAACGGCUGUUGGUGUGGCAGAAAUAACAGAAAGACUCCGUAGUUACACAUUUACAACAAUAAAUCAUACUGUAUCAACAAUAGAUAUUCAACAAACAUAUGAUAACGGCAUAUUGAUUGUUGUCACCGGAAUGUUGAGAGCUGAUAAUGACCAACCAAUGCAAUUCACUGAAACAUUUUUGUUGAAAGGAGCAAAUAAUUCGUGGUUUGUUGUAAACAAUUUUUUUCGUCUAGUUUUUCAUGGAUGA